ACAAAAAAAAAACAUAUCUCCGUUGAGUAACAGAUUUCUCCGCCGCCCAAUUCUUCUCCUUCGCCGCCGGCACCGGCGCAUUCUUGUAAAUUUUCAAAAUCCUCUUGGAUGACUGUAACGGCGACUCAUUUAUUAGGGAUUUGCGAGCAACAAUGCUGUCGAGGACAACGCUGAUUGCGUCCACUUUCUCUCUCUACUUCCCACAUAAACCCCUCCGCCGUAGUCUUCCCCUUGCUGCUCCUGCUCUCCGCCGCCUUCUCUCUCUACCCUCUCUCAAGCUCCUGUCUCGUUUUUCGACUCUGAGCCCGCUCUGCUCUACCUCCGCCGCCGCCACAGCUAUUGAGCCCUGCUACUUAUCGUGUUCGUUGCCGGAAAAGAAGCCUCUCAAAGUAGCUGUACUUCUCAGCGGCGGCGUAGACAGCAGCGUCGCUCUCCGCCUACUCCACGCGGCUGGCCAUUCCUGCACCGCCUUCUACCUCAAGAUCUGGUUCCAAGAAGACUUUGAGAACUUCUGGACUGAGUGCCCAUGGGAAGAAGAUUUGAGAUAUGCAAAGGCUGUUUGUGAUCAGGUUGAUGUACCUCUGGAAGUUGUCCAUUUGACGGAUGAAUACUGGAAUAAUGUGGUUUCCUACAUAAUAGAUGAGUAUCGAUACGGCCGGACUCCAAACCCAGAUGUCCUCUGUAAUACAAGAAUAAAAUUUGGUGCAUUCGUGGAUGCCAUAAGUGGUAUGGCAUUUGAUUACAUUGCCUCUGGACAUUAUGCAAUGGUUGUUCACCCAAACAGUGAUAACAAAGAUGAGCUGUCUGCUUUGAGAUUGUCAAAAGAUAUGGUUAAGGAUCAAACAUACUUUCUUUCACACCUUUCACAGUCACAGCUUAAAGGACUUAUCUUCCCUCUUGGAUGCAUUGAAAAGGAAGAAGUGCGCCAGCUUGCCAAAAUAUUUGGAUUGCCCAACCAGGACAGAAAGGAUUCACAAGGAAUAUGCUUUCUAGGAAAGAUUAAGUUUAGCGAAUUUGUUGCUAGACACAUUGGAGAGGAGGAAGGUUUGAUACUAGAAGCUGAGACCGGAGAUUUCCUCGGGAAUCACCGAGGCUUUUGGUUCUAUACAAUUGGCCAACGUCAAGGGUUACGUCUUCCUGGUGGACCUUGGUACGUUGUGGAAAAAGAUAUUGAAAAUAAUGUAGUAUUUGUAUCAAGAAACUAUUUUUCUGUUGACAAAAGAAGACGCCAAUUUCGAGUUGGGUCCUUGAGAUUUUUUAGCGGUUCUCCUCCAAGGAUCACUCAACUUCAGUGCAAGGUUAGACAUGGGCCUAAAUUAUACAAUUGUGAUUUGGCUAUACAAGUUGAUGAAGACGACGGUCAUGAAAUUGGAGUUGUGAAAUUGUACGAAGAUGAUCAAGGUCUGGCAGCUGGGCAGUUUGCAGCCUUCUACCAAGAGUCGAGCUGUAUUGGAUCUGGUGUGAUUUUGGAGUCAUGGGACGACCAAGGCUUCCCCGUUUGUGGUAAGGCUCUAGAGAUUGCAAAAAUGAAAGAUAAGUCGAAGCUGGGGAAGCCAGUUAAGAUAAAAGUGGUAGAACAGAGUAAGCAAGAGGAGGAAGCUAUUCUUCAUCAGUGAAACAGUUAUUUUUUGACUGUGUUGUAGAUCAUUGCAGUGGUUACAUAUAUUAUUCGAAUGUGUUCCCAAAAUAAGAUAUAUAGCUUAAUCUUAGGAGUAUGGAAGUAAGGUACAGAGAGUCGAUCGAAAUUAUUUAUAUGUAGACAAACUAUUGGAGGUUUUAUGUAUAGACAUAAUCUAUUUCCAAUAUUACUACUUUUUGUGCUUCUUGUA